AUGGAGGUGUGGAAGUUCUGGGGGAGCAUCGUCAGCUUAUGCUGUCUGCUGGCAUGCACUGCAGCCUCUGCUGAUGUGUUCGACGGCGUUUUGGGAAAUACAGCCUCUUGCCACAAAACGUGCCAGAUGACUUACAGUCUGCACACUUACCCCCGGGAGGAAGAAUUAUAUGCCUGCCAGCGGGGCUGUCGUCUCUUCUCCAUUUGCCAGUUUGUGAACGAAGGCGAAGACCUCAAUCAGACGAAAUCUGAAUGCGACUCAGCCUGCCAUGAAGCCUACACACAGUCAGAUGAACAGUAUGCCUGCAACCUGGGCUGUCAGAACCAGCUGCCUUUUGCAGAGCAGAGGCAGGAACAGCUGCUCGCCAUGAUGCCACGCAUUCACCUGCUGUACCCGCUUACUCUCGUGCGAGGGUUCUGGAACGACAUGAUGAGCUCUGCACACAAUUUCAUCACCUCCUCUUGGACGUUCUACCUCCAGGCCGAUGACGGUAAAGUCGUCAUCUUCCAGACUGAGCCACAGAUCCAGUUCAUUCCGCAGUUUGAUGUGCUGAAAGAGGACAUCCAGGAGCAGCAACAGGACUUGUAUCGCGGACUGAGCAACCCUGUUUACAAAGACUACCACCGGACCUACAUCCAGGAGCGUGACAGAGACAUGCUCGUGGACAGCAGCAACUCCGAGGACAACUACAAUCUGUUCAGUUGUCUCUCAAGGAACCCUUGGCUUCCGGGCUGGAUCCUGACCACCACUCUGGUCCUCUCUGUUCUGGUCCUCAUCUGGAUCUGCUGUGCUACAGUGGCUACUGCCGUGGACCAGUAUGUCCCUGCGGAGAAGUUGAGCAUAUAUGGGGACAUGGAGUGUGUGAAGGAGCAGAAACUGACCCCGUACCCACCGUCCUCCCUGGUGAUCAUCAGCUCUGCGGCGGAUGAAGAAGCCGGCCCUCUACCGUCAAAGGUCAACCUGAAUCAGUCCGACAUUUAGGGGACUGCGGAAGACCAAAAGGGGAGGAGCCACCAGUUUUUUUUUUCUUCUCAGUCUUACUCUUAGUCAUUAGACUUAAUCUUUGAGAUGCAGGAAGAUGUAAGGAGGAUCUAUCUUUUAAAAUGGAAUGGUGAUUUUGUUUUUUUUCCUCCAGACCUCAGAUUAGGGCAAGGGAUAUUAAUUAAUUGUGUUUGUAUAUUUGCACUUUUGUGGCAUAACUCUACCAAAAAGACGCAAAGCGAACUGUUUCUGUGGGGGUAGGAUUCGCUCUGUGUGGUGUCAGUAAGGCCCUUAUUUAGUAGAAUAUGAAGUGAUGAAAUGAUGAAGCUGUUUGAGCUAACUGCGUUGUGGGUGGACUGGGCGUGAAUUCCAGGUUUUGUUUGCCACUGCAAACCCCCAAAAAUGGGUUAAUUUGGAGGGUUUUGACAGAUUCUUAAUAGUGUAAUGUGCUUUCCUGAGCUUGUUAUGUAUUUCAAAUGCACCAGUGUCUUUUACUCAAUAUGCGUUUUUUUGCAAGAAGGAUAAGGUUUAAUUAAAUUAGAAUUAGCUUGUGAUCUAAAGGAAAUUACUAGGACUGGUGAAGGAGUGAGUCUAUUUGGGGUUAUGGGGUCAUCAGGAAAUUGUACAUCUUGACCCUCUUGGAUAUUUUGAAGGUAGGCUAUGCAGUUAGGGUUUUAGAUAUCCAUAGGGAUUUGUAACUUCUCUUGUAUUUGUUUUCAUUAAAAUGAUUAAAAAUAAACUUUUUGAAGUUGAA